AUGAAGUCCUUCGCUGCUCUCCUUGCCCUCGUACAUCUGGUCGCUGCUACACCUAUCACGCAUAAUGAACAAGUUCCCUUGAAUCAAGCCACCUAUCCGGGGUUUGACCUUGACUUGAAUGCCCGUCGCCUCGUUCAAAUGGAGGGCCAAGCCCCAGUUUGGAUGACAGAGCUGGAGAAGAUUCAGGCCAAGGCUCAAGGUCUCAAGUUCUUCGACAUCACCGAAGCACAGGACCUUGGCUCUUCUACUCGUCUCGUGCUGAAGCAAGACACGUUUCCAAUACCCAACGCCACUGAGACAGUUCGUCCUAUCCUGAAGAAGUUGUCAGUCAAAGGCCCAAGGGAGAACUUGGAGAAGUUCUCCAGCUUCCGCACACGACAUUACCGCAGUGAUACCGGCAAAGAAAGCCAGAAAUGGCUUCUGACCAAGAUAUUCGAGAUCACCUCCGAAUACGCAUCGGAAUCCCUACGUGAUAACAUCCGCACGACUGAAUUCACGCAUUCAUGGGGCCAGAACUCAAUUAUCACCCGAAUCAAAGGUUCUUCCUCAACAGACGAUGGAGUGGUCGUCAUUGGCGCUCAUCAGGAUAGUACCAACAUGUGGCCUUUCCUUCCUGCCCCGGGUGCUGACGAUGACGGGUCUGGAACUGUGACCAUUUUGGAAUCUUAUCGGUCCCUGCUGGCUGCCGAUUUUCAUCCCGUUCGGACUAUCGAAUUCCAUUGGUAUUCUGCGGAGGAGGGAGGCCUUCUAGGAUCGCAAGCUGUCGCCAAAGACUAUGCUCAGCGCUCAGUGAAUAUACUUGCUAUGAGCCAGUUCGACAUGACCGCGUGGGUCAAGAAAGGAACCCGCGAAGAAGUCGGAAUUAUCACUGAUUUCACCGAUGAAGGGCAUGUCACGAAUGCUCUUGUGGACCUGUACCUCGAUAUCCCAUAUGUGGAGACCAAAUGCGGAUACGCAUGCAGUGAUCACGCCUCAUGGGGGAAGGCAGGAUACCCCUCCUCGUUCACCAUCGGUCAGUCGAAAUCCCCGUUCGGAGUUUACUCGCUGAACUUCCACAUCCCAGAGAGUUCGUUUGAAAAUUCGAACAAGAAUAUCCAUUCGACGAACGACCGCAUUGAUAUCUCGGAUGAAUUCAGCUUCGAUCAUAUGCUGGAGUUCUCCAAACUGGCUGUCGCCUUCGCGGUGGAACUCGGCGGUUACGACUCGUCGAAGUAA